CUUGAAUUUGUAUUCUUUUCUUUGUUGUUCAACAACUGAUCUUUAUCACAUUUCUCUGUGUCUGGUGAUAUUCAAUCCCAUCCAAGUAUAUUUGCUAGUAUAUCUGCAACAUGUCCAAUUUAUUUGCCCAAUCUCUUUUGGCUCAUCCCGUUUUCAAGAAGUUGGAUACCAGUGCAAAUUUCUUUGGUCUUAAAUCUAGUCAGUCCACAGCUUCUGGUGUUGGAAACCUUCAAUCUGGUCCCAAAUUAGUUAAUUCAAACAGUAUCGCCUCCAGAAAUGGUAACGAGUUGUUCAUUGCCUAUGAAAACACUAUCAGAUACACCAUUAUGGACAACGAUAAUGGUAUUGAUACCAAACCCAAUAAAACUUAUAAAUUAUUAAAUUUGCCAAAAAUCGAUUUUGUUAUAAGUUCUUUAUUAAUCAAUAACUCGGCUACUUUUUUAGCUGCAAUUGGCGAAAAUCAGGUUUAUAUCAUUUCUUUGCCUAGAUUUUCAAUUUUAUCUUCAUUUUUAAAUGAUGAUUCCAAAAAUCUAAUUAACGUUGACUACUUUUCAAUUGCAAAUUCAAUUUAUUACAAUACUACCAAUAAUAAUAUCAACUUGAAAAUUUUAAAUGUAAUUUGGAAUCCAAUCUCACUAAAUGAUUCCAAUCUAAUCAUCUUAUCAUCAGAUUCCAUUAUUAGAACUUUUGAUUUAAAUUUGUCAAAUGACUAUCCAUUUGAAUCUUAUAAUUUAUUAAAUAAAAUCAAAAAUCCAAUUUCAAUAACUUUUGGUUCAAAUUUUAACUCGAAUGAUAAUCCAAUAUCAAAUCUAUCCUUAUAUAUUUUAAAUCAAGAUGGCAAAAUAUACUCUUUAUUUCCAUUUUAUCCAAGGAUUUUAUCAAUCUCGAAAAAAUUCUUAUUAAAUUUGUUAAAUGAUUUAAAAUUUAAUUCAAAAAAAUUAAACUCCAAUAACAAUAACAAUAAAAAUAGCAAUUCACUUGUUACUAUGAUCAAUAAUCAAUUUAUCUGGCUAAAUCAUCUAAUUAACCAAAUCAAUGUUCCAAAUCCAGCUUUUCAAUAUAACCAUAGCAACUCCCUGGAAAAAUUAUACAUUUUAUAUCCACUCUCUAAUAACUUGUACAAAAUUUCAAAUUUGAAUUUAAUUGGCCCUUUAAAAUUUAAUCCCUUGCCAGAAUCAUUAAACGAAGUUUAUUCAAAUAAUAUAAUCUCUGUCAAUUCGGGCACAAUUAAUUUAUUGGUAAUUUCUUUUAAUAACUCUUCUAUAUUGAUUGUAUUUCCAAGCAAUAAUAAUAUAAUGCAAUGGAAUCUCCAUAAUAAAAAUAAAAACUAUAAAAACUAUAAUUAUAGCUAUAUUGAUAAUAAUUUUAAUAACGGCAGCCACGAUAUUAUUAAGAUCAAUAAUCAUGCUGAAAGCAUUGAUCAAGAUAUUGAUAAUUUUAGUAAUGAAAUCAGUAUUGUGGAAAUUAAAACUGACGAUAAUAAUAGAAAAAACGGUUUUAGCUUUAAUUUUGAAUAUGAAAUUGUUGAUAAUAUUGAAGAUAAAAGCGAUGAUAACACUAAUAAUGGACAAAAAUUAUUGGGUUAUAAUAAUAAUAACAACAACGAUCUAAAUCAAUCUACACUGGUUUAUGAUUUCAAAGGCGAUGGUAUUGUUACCACAAGCAAUCACGAUUAUAAUUAUGAUUAUAAUAUUAACAAUUUUGAAUUUUCAAAUUUGACUGUAAUUUCAUGUAUUAAGUUACCAUAUGGUGAUGAAUAUAAUGGAAAUGGAGAAUUAUUAUUAAUUGAACCUAACGAUAAUAUCCCAUGUUUGUUUUUCGUUAUUUACAAUAAUGGAAUUAUUAAAUUUGAUUUCUAUAAACUAGGUAAAAUAUUAAAUGAUUCGAUUGUUGAUAAUAAUUUAGAAUUUUUGGAUAAAUUUCUAAAUUCCAAUAGUUAUCAUGACUAUUUAACACAAAACUAUAUUGAUCUACUUCUUAUAAACGAAUUUGAUAAUAGUUUUGGUAAACGCUUUAAAUUUGAUGGUAUUAAUAUAUUAAAUGAUAAUAAUGGAGAUAAUUAUGUUUUAUCAAUUAUAAAUUCUAAAGUUGAUGUCUUUAAAAUAGACGAUGAUGAGAAUGAAAUCGAUGAGAAAUAUUAUCAGGAAAAUUAUGAUUUCAAUGACGAUGACAAUUUAUUAAAUUUAGAGAAAAUGGCGAAUGAAUUGGAUGAAAUUGACGAGAGUGAAAAAAUAAAGGAUAAAGUUAAUGAAGAGCAUAAGAAAAAGGGAUAUGAAACUAUUUUAGUUAAUAGACCUAACGAGGAAUUGAAUUUGAUUCAAAAUUUGAUCAAUAGACAGAAGAAUAUUAUCAGUGAGUUGAAUAAUAAUGCGAAUGUCCAAUUAAAUUUGAACCAGAGAUUAAAUUUGAAGCUGAAUCCUAAGGAUAUUGAUAAUUUUGAAGAUGAAAAUCGAAAUGAACAAUUGUUGAAGAUCAUUGGGAUAAUUUCGAAUGAGUUUUAUGCAAGAAUUUUGAAUUUUUAUAAAUUUGAAAUGAAUUUACGAAUGAAUUUAGAAUUGCAAAAGAAAGAAUUUGAAAACGAGUUGGUCAAGUUGAAUGAAAUUAAUUAUAAAGUUGAAAAUCUCAAUCGAAUUAAUAACAAAUAUGAAGACAAGGAAAAUGAGAAUGAUAAGAGGAUUAGUAGUAUUUUAGAAAGACAAGAGAGAAUUGAUUCAAGAAUUGAAAAAAUCAUUAAAAACACUAGAAAUUUAAAGGUUAAUUUACCAAUUAAUAAAAAAGAGGAACAAUGGUUUAAAGAGUUGGAAUUGUUCGAUAGCAAGAUAAGUAAAUCAUUAGAACAACGGAAGAAAAGUUUAAAGAAGCAAUUUGUAUUUAUUAGAGAUGAAUUGGAGUAUAAUAAAAGAAUCAAUAAGCCUGGGAAUGGAAAUAACGUUAAUUUGAAAGAGUUGGAUUUGGUUAACAAGUAUAUUGAAAACGAGGAUAAUUUGAUUAAAGGUGCUUCAAAAGAUUUGUCUGACUCGUUAUUUGAGAUUGAGAACCAAUUGAGGGGGAUUAAUUUAGAAGAUUAGUCAAUUAUAUAAUAUAAAUAUAUAUAUAUAUGUAUAUGUAUAUAUAUACGAUAUAAUGAUGUAUAAUGGUAUAUGUAUUUGUAAGAGCAGCAAAAGGAAAUUGGCCAAUCAGAAACGAGAAUUCCAAGUUGAACGGUGGACAUCGAAUUUCUAAUGAGUUUU